AACCCCCAAACAGACAGACAGCCCAUGGUGCUGACGCGGACGAACUCUCCCCAAAGCUAAUUGACCAAUCCAGCUCAAAGGCAUACAGCGUGAUGAAAAAUGCCAGAAUACAAGAUGUCCUAUGAGGCGGAGCUGGACUCCUACCAACUCUACCACCGCUACGAACAGCCUCGCCCUCAACCCCAGGACCAAGACUGGAAACAGGCGGCGCUGCGGGGCCCGGCGCUGCCGGCGCUGGGCAACGCCCUGGCCGGCGCCAUCGGCGCGGCCCUGAGCAAUGUGGCGACGUAUCCGUUGAGUCUGAUCGUCGCGCGGUUGCAGACGCAGCAGACGAGAAGCUCUAAAUCAAAUGAAGAUGGCAAGGCGAAGUUACGGGAGCCAGAUGGUGGAGAGGAUGAUGGCUACGCGGGCGUCCUUGACGCGGCCCGCAAGAUCUACGCGCAGGAGGGCGGGGUAGGGAGCUUCUAUACGGGUCUCGCGCAGGAUACCGCCAAAUCGGUGUUCGACUCGUUUCUGUUCUUCCUGGCGUAUGAGAUCCUGCGGCAGCGGCGGCUUCGGGCUCGAUUCGGUGGUGGUGGUGGCGGCGCACGGAGGACGAGGACGGUAUUGCCCGUGUUGGAUGAGUUGGUGAUUGGGGUGGUUGCGGGGGCGUUUGCGAAGCUGUUCACGACACCGUUGGCGAAUAUCGUGGCGAGGAAGCAGACUGGGGGUAGGAAAGGGUUGGUGGGAAGCAGCAGUACGAGGGAGAUUGCGGCGCGGAUUCGCGCGGAGAAGGGUUGGCGGGGGUUCUGGUCGGGGUAUUCGGCUUCGCUGAUCUUGACGCUCAACCCGUCCCUGACCUUCUUCCUGAAUGAGGUGCUGAAAUAUGCACUGCUGGCGCGACAGCGGCGGCGGGAUCCGUCACAAAAACAACGGCCGCUCACGCCGGCGGUCACUUUCUUGCUCGCCGCGCUGAGCAAGUCGGCGGCGUCGGCGGUGACGUAUCCGUUCUCCAAGGCGAAGACCCGUGCGCAGGUCAUGGGCGAUGACUCUUCGUCGUCUGCGCCAAAAGCUUCAGGUGGGGAGCCGUUGAAGGAGAACGGUAACGCGGAGACGGACGAGGGGAUCUCGUUCACACCGGCGAUCGUCAGCAAUGUCAUCAACAUCGCUCGCACGGAGGGUGUCGCGGGCUUGUACGCGGGUCUGCCGGCGGAGGUCCUCAAGGGCUUCUUCUCGCAUGGUUUCACCAUGCUCGCCAAGGACGCGGUGUACUCGGCCAUCGUGCAGAGCUAUUACCUGCUGCUGAUCGCGCUGCGCAAGUACCCGAGCCCCGAGGAGCUGAUCCAGCGCGCCCGCGAACAGGCUGAGGAGUACGCGGACGUCGCGCGGGAGGGCGCUCGUGAUUUGGCCGAGAAGACCAAGCAGGGUGCGGAGGAGGUGAUGCACUCCCUGACCGCGCAGGGCGAGCCCGAGGAGGCCAAUCUGCUGGGAAAUAAUGAGACGGCGGAGAUGGUGGGCGACUAUGUCGAGGAUGAGGGCACGCACAAGGAUUUGUAUCAUUGGUUCUGGGAGAAGGAUCGGGAGGGGAAUUACUGAUGUUGGGGUUGAGGUUGGGGUGGUGGUUUUGAAGAGAUUGAGCGUUCAUCUACACCUGUACUAAUUGUUGAAGCUGUAGUUUCGAUAUCAUUGACAACAGGUAAUUAUCAUCGAUCCUUGAAUUACGGUCUUCUGUCCGCAAAGCCAGAAGUCGGUAGUCGGCAGCAACCAGUCCCGGGUUGACUGUUACCAGUAUGAACACUGAAUCACCCCGAGGCUGGCUACAUCUCCAAGAUUUUAUCUCAAGGGCU